AUGGCAACGUGUGUCGUUCAGCCGCUCGAUCUGGUGAAGACACGCCUCCAAGUCAGCGGCGAGGGUGGUACCGCGAAGGUCUACGACAGCACCUCCCAUGCCAUCCGUACCAUCGUCAGGCAGGAGGGCGCCCUCAAACUCUACACUGGGUUGUCGGCGGCGCUGCUGCGACAGGCAACAUACACGACGGCUCGACUGGGCAUCUACACGAGCCUCUUUGAGUACGUCAGCUCUCGCUCACAAUCGGGCGGUCCACCCUCUUUCCUGGCCAAGAUGUGUAUUGGCCUUACCGCUGGUGUCCUCGGUUCCUUCGUUGGCACCCCAACCGAGGUCUGCCUUAUCCGCAUGACUGCUGACGGCAAACUGCCAGCGACUCAACGAAGGAACUACACCAAUGUUUUCAACGCCCUUUAUCGAAUCUACAAAGAGGAGGGUCUCUUCGCUCUUUGGAGGGGUGCUUUACCGACGAUGGGUCGAGCGGCAGUGGUGAACGUGGCCCAACUGGUCUCCUACUCGCAGUUCAAGCAGAUCCUUCUAGAAAGUGAACUUAUGCAAGACGGCUUCGGAUUGCACCUGACGGCGAGCAUGUGCUCUGCCCUCAUUACCACCAUCGCUUCUCUACCCGUGGACAUCGCCAAGACACGCAUCCAAAACAUGCGCACUAUUAAUGGCCGCCCUGAGUACUCCGGUAUCUUUGAUGUGUUGAGCCGCACAGUGAAGUCGGAGGGGGUGACGGCAUUGUGGAAGGGCUUUACCCCUUAUCUUUUCCGCAUUGGACCUCACACCGUACUCACAUUUAUCAUUCUGGAGCAGCUCAACAAUUUAUACAACGUCCACGUCCUCGGUAACAAACCGUACGGUGCUAAAAGCGGGCUUUGA